GCAGGACCCGUUCACACAUUUCCCGGACAGACACGACUUGUCGCAGGCUUUCGGCGGCGAGGCGUGGGUCAACAGAACCAAGUGGACCAGAGCCCAGACCACCAUGACGACGACGCCGCGGAGUUGUGGCGGAGAGGCAGCACAUCUCCCGGAGUUGGGUUUGGCCCCUUGGUUCCAGUGAAAGGAACUUUGAAUGCUCCAGGAUACCGAAACCUUUUUGGACAAUUCCAUGGGAUGGCACCUCAAGUUCAUCGUCGAGUAAAGGCAGGUGGCCAAAUACUUUUGGCAAUAUUUACAUUUUUUCUCAUGGAGAAAUUUGCUUCACUAUGAAAACUUUUCAAUUCAUGAAGUUCGUAAAUGGAGGUUCUACUCUACUUGUAAGUGCAGUAUAAGACACAUGGAUAGUAAGACUUGAAAAGGGGAGUUGCCGACUGUGUGUGUGUGUGUGUGUGUGUGUGUGUGUGUGUGUGUGUGUGUGUGUGUGUGUGUGUGUGUGUGUGUGUGUUCUGCUGGCGAGUGGGGAGGAGGAAAGAGGUUUACUGCAGCACAGUGCACAAGUGGGACAGAGAACGUGGAGUAAAGUACUGCAAAACACUGGAACUCCUAGACACUGUUUUCCGGACUGAAAGAAGAAGAAGAAGGGGGCGUAGGAGGAGACAGUCGGCUUGUAUGAGUGGAGCUGGAAAAGACGGGAAUGGACAAGCACAAAGUGCUGGACCAGCUUCUCAUGGAGCUCCACCACUUCCUGCUCAUCCUGGACAAAGAGACCCUGAGCGGGAACGCUACCAUCCACAAGGGUUUGCUCACCGACCUGCUGCAGUCUUACAGUGCGUCCAACGGUGGCGAUGAGGAGUACAUCUACAUGAAUAAAGUGGUCGUUGGCGGGAAGGAAAAGCAGGAAAAAGAUGACAGAACAGAUGACUUGGUCAAUGGAAAAGCGAGCAAACAUGCGCCUGUCCCACAGAAGAGCCUUCCAAAUCUGCCGCCCCCGAGAACGAGCGCCCUGACUCGGGAGCCUUUUCCACUUCCUGUCGUCCCAGCACAGAACAGUUUGGAAAUGUCAGAGAGUUACUACGAGGAGGCUCAGCCUUAUGAGGAAACCGUCAAUGACAUGUACGGCCUCCUCUCGCGGCGACAGUUGCGAGUGGCGAGCUCUGACAGCAUUGUCUAUGCUGUCAUCACCCGGGAAGAUGGUGAGGCGGUCAGCAGCUCGUACGAGUCCUACGAUGAGGAGGAGGUAACAAGAGGGAAGUCGGCGCAGCACCAGUGGCCGUCCACCGAGGCGUCCAUUGAACUGAUGAAGGACGCUCGCAUUUGCGCCUUCCUGUGGCGGAAGAAGUGGCUGGGACAGUGGGCCAAGCAGCUGUGUGUCAUCAGAGAGCAUCGUCUCCUGUGCUACAAGAGCUCCAAGGAGCAGACACCAUUGCUGGAUGUCAGCCUGCUGGGCUGCAGCGUCACCUACAAGGAGAAGCAGCUUAAGAGGAAGGAGCACAAGCUGAAGAUCGUGCCCGUCGGCGGGGAAGCCAUCGUGCUGGGGCUGCAGAGCAAGGAGCAGACAGAGCAGUGGCUCAGGGUGAUCCAGGAGAUCAGCCCCAAGCCGACAGAGAACGGCGACAUCCAGCAUUGUGUCACCGACUCCCCAAGGCUCAUUUGCACUAAGAUGGAGGUGGGCGACAGACACUCUGUGGCUUCAGAAAGUGGCAGCAGCAACGAGGGUCAUGCAGAGACUAACGAGAAUAAAGAUGUGAAGAAAAAAUACAGCGCAGGUUUAAAAUUCAGCAACCUUAUGAAUAUCGGAAAGAAAAAAGCGUCCUCAUUUGAGAACGCUGAAAAAUGCGUUGAUACUUCAGGCUACCUCAACGUGCUUGUGAACAGUCAGUGGCGAACCUGCUGGUGUCUCAUCAAGAACGGGCAGUUGUGGUUCUACCAGGACAAGAAUAAGACCAAAGUGAGCCAGCCUGCUGUGACGCUGGAGGGCUGCCAGGUUUCGCCCGACCCUAGCCCAGAACACCUGUACUCCUUCCGGAUCGACAUGGAAGGCACACAACUUGCAACCCUGGAGGCAAAGACGUCAGCGGUCAUGGGCCACUGGCUGGGGCUGCUGCUAUCACAGAUGAGCAGCAAGACCGACCCUGAGGAGCUGACCUACGACUAUGUCAACGCCGAGAGGAUCACCAGCAUCGUCAACGCCGCUAAGACAUCCUUGUACUUGAUGCAGAGGCGAUACUCCGAGCCAAACGCCUACAUCGAUGCCUUGCCGUCCACCCCUGAGGACCAGGAGGAACUGUACGAUGACUUGGAGAAUAAUAAAAAUCUCAAGUUCUGGCCAAAUUUCACACAAUUAAAACCAAUUUAUAUAUUGAGAAUAAAAUCCGUCAAACCCAAAAGCGCCCUCAGGCCUAAACCAACAAAACUGUCAAUAGAUUCAGUUCAAACUUUCACUUCCACUACUUCACUUCCUGAUUUACACAUCAUCCAGGAUGCUGUGGAUGGCGGUGCGCCACAAGAUAAAGAAACUGCCGGAAACUCGGAGGAAACGUCUGCUCAGGAUCAAAAAGACCCAGUGGCUGAAGAUGCAGACCCUGAAAACAGAAUAUAUCUAGACCUGGUCCCUGUGCGGUCUUUCUUGCACACUGUUGGCAGUAGCAAGGAUUUCCAAACACAAGGAUCCACAGACACCUCAGAGGAAAACGUGGACUCUUCAAGUCUCACUAAAGAGGUCAGAUCAACAAACCUGCCAGAGUCAGCACCUGCUUUGAACAACCUUAGUUGCACUCCUGCAACCACCAGAGAAGAGCAAGAGCGCCCUCUGUCCCCCACUCAGUCUUGCCCCCAAACACCACCAAAUGCCAAGACCCCGCCUCAAAGCCAGGAGCCUGUCAAGAAGACCUUCAGCUCCUCUGGGGUCCCUAAAGGCCUUGCUCUUCAGACCAGCACUGGGUUCACUCCAAGCACUCAAACACCACGACCCAAAACGUAUAGCUCAGCCUGUCCUGGCACCGUUGAGGGGAAGCUAGGAAAAAACCGCACGGAGGCAGACUUGCGGCGCUACAUUGAUGAACGUGACCGUCUGGAGAGAGAGCGCGAGGAGGAGAGAAGCAGCCUCGCCAGCCUGAAAAAAGAAAGAAGGGAAAUCAAAGAGGAGCUCAGCGCCUGCCAAGAUUCAAAGCGGCAGGCCUUACUGGAAGCUCGGCUGAAGCAAGUGGAGGAAGCGAGUCGAGAAGCAGAACACAGGCGUGUGGAGGUGGAGCUGCUGCUUGUGGAGGUAAAGGAGAACCUGAAGAAGGUGGAGGCCGGGCCGUUCACACUGGGGACCACAAUGGACUGCAGCCUCCAGGACACGGCUAAAACAGUGAGCAUGCCACCUGCACAAAUGUCAUUAUCGCCAGCAUCCUCACCAUCCCAACCGUCCAGCAGCCCCACAAUCACCAGUGUGGACUCAGAAUCUCCUGUCAAUUCAGCCUCUGCACUAAAAAACAGGCCAGUUUCCAUCAUGGCCACUAAGGGCAAAGUGCUCCAGAAAGCCAAAGAGUGGGAAAGGAAGUCCACCGCCUAAAAAGAAGAGAGUGUCAAGUUCUUGUCCUCAACUGUGGUAUAGUUUUUUACGGUACUGUUCUGGCUUGUGUUUCCAAGAUAAAGCAAAAGGACAACGCGAGGAAACAGCAUUUUGUGUGGCUGAAGUGAAUCUCCACCUCUAUCGGUUGCCUUACAAAUGCACUGGGUACUAAAAAGUGGUUCGGUACCCCUUUGCAUCCUGUGGUAUUUGAACUUAACUGUACUCCUUAGAGGAAACAGCGCUUCCGAUCAUUAAAAAUCACCCUCUUACAGCUUCUCAUCCUCUCCGAACCACUGGAAAAGAGCCCUAAAAAGGAAGGCGUUUAACUGCAGUAGCAUUCCGGCCAGUUUAUUCUUCUUCUUUGAACACUGAAAAUGCAUAUCAAGUAUGAAACCACUGAUUGGCUAUGAGUCAUCCUGCGGCUUGUAGCUUGGUUCGACAUUAUGCUGGGAGCCAAGGUGUACAUAGAUUUUAUGCCAAUUAUUCAGCCUUUUUGGGGAAAUUUGCUAGCUAAAAAUGCACUUUUUAUUCAAAUAAAUAUGUACUGAUAUCAAAAA